AUGCCCCGACUUCGCCCCGACAAAGACAAAUAUCGUACAGCAUGGAACAAAAGCUGGGAAGAUGACCUUUUGGAUAGAUAUCCCCCAGGACAAAGACCUCCAAAUAUGAUCAGCGCCAUGCUCCCCGAGCGCAUUCGUUUUCUCAGAGAUGCCGAAUCCCUUCCAUCAUUACAGCUGGAAAAUGACAUCCGAACCAAGGAGAUAUGUAUCCUUCAGCGAGACUUGGCUGAGGCUGCCGUAACAGGAUUAAGCAACGACAACUUGGAGGAAAGGUGGAGAUCCUUAUCGCAGCAGCGGCGGGAAGAAUUGGUUCUCGAGGGGCUAUAUGUAACUUCCCGUGUUCCAAAUGGCAUGGAGGCCUGGCGGUUAUGGUGUCCCGAAAUGACCGUCGCAACGCUCUCUGGGACAAACGACAGAGACUUCUUCCACCUUCUGAAAAUGCUCCUUCCGGUCGAUCGAGUCAAAGAAACACUCGGCACUCCGCUGCUCGUGCCGAAUCCCGCAUUCGAGGAGCUGAUGAUGACCGACGACGCUAUGCUCAGGCGUAUGGUCGACAGAUAUCGGCUCUAUAGAAGCUAUUUCAUUACUAUGGCCGUAUGGAGUAUCCUGAAUGCAUUCUACGGUAACAGAGAACAAAUGCAAGCAGCCAAGCCUCUGUACCGCGACAAAAGCGAGACCACCAAGGCUUUUUUACGCCGAGCCAAAGAAAUCUACAAAGCCGAAGGAAAGCUUCCCGAGUUCUCGGAGAGCCAGAAGGACUACGAUCGUCGAAAAGAGACAGAAAAUUGGGAAAAUCUGUGUUGGCACUGUAACCGCAAGGAAGCUGACGCAUCUGCUGGAGGAGAACGUUUCCAGAUUUGUAGCAGAUGCAAAACCGUGGGUCGAGUGGUGAGAUACUGUUCAGUGGAAUGCCAGAAGAAAGAUUGGAAGCAGGGAUUCCCCAGACCUCACAAAGCCAUCUGUGGAAAAGACGUUUUUGAAGAAGACAAGACCGACGAGAGUAUCCCGGAGACAAAGGACACGGAGUCUGAGACUGGUAUUCCGCCCCCGGACCCGUUAUUCAAACGAUCCCCAGAUCUCCUGCACCAAAUUUCUUUCAUCACCAAGCCCACACCAUGUGAUUACGUUUACAUGCGACCACGUCCUUUUGACGACAUAGGGAUUGACAUCCCUGAUAUUGAAGUUGCGGCUCCUGAAGAUAAGGUUUUGUUUACCGCUAUGCGUCGGCAAGCGAUGAUAAACGGUGACCCUGUCGCCGUCCUCAACAUGUAUGCGAUCUUGGGAAUUCACGCGCCACCUAGCAUUUCGGAUAAUCGGCUGAAGACACAGUUGAAGAAAGAAUAUGGCGUCGAUGUCGAUCUGCUUGGGGAGGACAUUUGGGAUAAAGAGAUAGAUCCUCCCGCCGAGGAAGAACAACAAAUCAUCACGGAGUUGGUGAUAAAGAAAUUGAUGCACCGGAAUGUGCCCGCACCGAGCUAA